AUGGCGACCAAACCAUUAAACGACAAGUCCGAGCUCAAAGCAUUCUAUACAUCUCCCGAGGAAUCCCAGAUCUUCACACAUACACUGCCCUCCGCCACCGCCUCUACAGCAUCUACAGAAAAAAAGACGGCCUAUCUCCACGAGCUGAAAGGGGCGGUCGGCAAAUUACAGGGAGAAAUAAACGAGUUUCUGACGGACAAGAUGGAGCAGGACAAAGCAGCUGAAAAGGAGGGAACAGGCAAUACAAGGAGUGUGGACGAAAAUAAGGCUGAGGAGACAUAUGGGGAGGAAGAUGUUGAGGGAGAAGAGGAAGGAUUGGGGCCGUUCAAGGAUCCGACGAAGCCUUGA